AUGGCACAGCAGGGCACCCACAGCACACGGCAGUACUCCUACUGCACAACAGCAAGGCUCCCACAGCACACGACACACAGCAGGGCUCCCACAGCACACGGCACACAGCAGGACUCCCACAUGGCACACAGCAGGGCACCCACAGCACACGGCACACAGCAGGACUCCCACAGCACACGGCUCACUGGACUCCUUACUGCACCACAGCAGGCUCCCACAGCACACGGCAGGACUCAUGGCUCACGGCAGGGCUCCCCUACUGCACCACAGCAGGCUCCCACAGCACAUGGCACACAGCAGGACUCCCACACCACACGCACAUGGCAGGACUUCCACAGCACGACACGGCAGGACUCCUACUGCAUCACAGCAGGCCCCACAGCACACGGCAGGACUCCUACUGCACCACAGCAGGGCCCCACAGCACACGCAGGACCCCACUGCACACGGCAUGCAGCUGGAUUCCCACAGCACAUGCACACGGGCAGCACACCCACGGCACCACAGCAGGGCUCCCCACAGCACACGGGCAGUACCCCACUGCACCACAGCAGGACUCCCCAGCACACGACACAUGGCAGCACUCCCACUGCACCACACAGCAGACCCCACAGCACACUCUGCCCACGGCAUACUCUUACUGCACCACAGCAGGGCUCCCACAGCACACGGGCACACAGCAGGACUCCCACGGCACACAGCUGGGAUUCCCCACAGCACAUGCACACGGGCAGCACACCCACUGCACCACAGUAG